AUGGCUGAUCGCCCCAGCAAACGUCAGCGAAUAUUGGUCAUUCAACCGUCAGCUCAGGACGCUGAACUUGGGACGGAGAAUAAACAGAGACCUACUUGCAUAUCUUCCAGAAGGGCCAAAGCUGAUCCUGGAGCUCUUUCAACUAACUCUUCACAACCCGAAACGAGACGUAUCCCGUCGGGUCCAAAUCGAACUUACUCCAGUCUCCGAGUCCACCCUUCCUCUCCACCCUCCGAUAAAGGGACGCGCACGACACCAGCAUCGUCCCUCCAUAAAUUCUUUGGGCCUGCAAUUAUUGAACAAAGAUGGCCCUCCCGAAAUCUCGAGGCGACAUGUCUUCCCACAAAGGAAGCAAUGGAAGGGAUAAAUGGCAACGAGGAGGACAACGACGAUAUAAUAGAUGAUGAUUAUGAUUCCUACGAUGAGCUAUUUACUCAACAUCUUGCCAACGAAGAGGCAGUGCGAAAUACGACUAAAGACCAAACGCCUUGGCAAGUGCAGUCACCCAAGGGAAGGACCAGUGUUGCGCGUAAAUCUGCCGACCCACGCAAACGCUUCGUCCUACCAUUGGUCUCUGAUCAUGAAAAUAACGACUCAUCACCAAUCCAUUCUCAGGCCCAUAAGCUGCCUUGGGCACAGCAGUAUUCCCCUACCAAUCUAGAUGAGUUAGUGGUUCAUAAGAGAAAGGUCUCAGAUGUGCAAAGCUGGCUUCGCAACGCCUUUGCAGGAACUGGGGAACAUAAACUACUUGUCCUCCGAGGUCCUGCGGGGAGCGGUAAAACGACCACAAUAAACAUAUUGUCCCAGACGCUAGGGUUUGAUAUACUCGAGUGGAAGAACCCCCCGGUCUCAGAGUUCGCUACAAAAGCAUAUGUAUCUGUUGCUGCUCAAUUUGAAGAAUUCCUAGGCCGCGGUGAUCAGUUUAGAAAGCUUGAUUUAGACGAGCUCACUGAAUUCCCACAGGACUCCAAUCGCUACCAUCGCCAGCGCAUCAUUCUGAUUGAAGAGUUCCCAACUCUCUUGCACCGAGGCUCUUCUAGUUUGGCUGCAUUCAGGCUAUCUUUACAGCGGUAUCUUGCUAUGGAAAAUACAUUGCCCUCUCACGGACUUAAUCGAAGCGGGGUCAAGGCCCAAGCCAGCUCUUCUCCUGUUGUGAUAAUCGUAUCAGAAACCCAUCUCACAUCAGGUUCCUCAUCGGAAAGUUUAACAGUCCAUCGGCUACUCGGACCGGUACUUUUCAAUCACCCCGGCACAACCAUUGUUGAUUUCAACAGUAUCGCUCCAACUUUUAUGUAUAAAGCCAUGAAAUUGAUUUUGGAAAAGGAAGCUCGCCAUUCCAGGCGCAAUAAGGAUCCAGGCCCUGCCAUAUUGCAAAGUAUUUCUAGAUCAGGGGAUAUUCGAAGUGCAGUCGCCUCCCUAGAAUUUCUCUGCCUUGAUGUUGGGCGUUGGGGAAUUCCUGCUACAAGGGCAAAGAAAUCUUCUCGCAAUAACGUAAUCCUUACAUCCGCGGAGAAGGAGACACUGAAGCUAGUAACCCAAAGGGAGGCUAGCCUAGGAAUAUUUCAUGCUGUCGGGAAGGUCGUAUACAACAAGCGAGACGAUACGGGUGUCGCAACCGAAGGCCCUAUACUACCAUCGCCUCCAGAGUAUAUGCGGCAUCAUGACAGGCCGAAAGUGUCACAGGUCCCUGUUAAUGAGCUCGUGGAAGAGACAGGAACUGAUACACAAACUUUCAUUAGUGCCCUGCAUGAAAAUUACGUACCAUCUUGCGAUGGUCCGUCGUUCGUGGAUUGUGUCGAUGCAUGUAUAGUCGCUCUAUCAGACAGUGAUAUGUUAUGUAUCGACCAUAAAAGUUCAUACGGGAGUCGUACGAAUAGAAGCAAUGCCGGUGUCGAUGUCAUGCGGCAGGAAGACAUAAGUUACCAAGUUGCGGCUCGUGGUUUACUGUUUGCUCUCCCUUACCCAGUGAAAAGACGUAUAGCGACAUCAACUGGUGAAGAUCGAUCGAGCGAUACCCAUAAAAUGCUCUUUCCGAGCACGUUGCGACUGAUGCAGGAAGCCGAGGAGAUUGGAGGCCUUACGAAUGUCUGGGUUAAAAAGCUGCUGAAUUCAUACCGCGGGACAUCGGCAGGCCCGGAUCCUGGCUUGUCCGCGUCGUCGUUUACAAGAUGCAAGUCAGGUCGCGUAGAAGAUUACCGCAAUGAUCCAGGGGGAAUUGUGACCAUGAUACCCCGCCAAGAUCUCGUGCUGUACCACCUACCAUAUCUUACAAAGAUUUAUCGCGGUGAGGCCGAGAUUGCCCAGCUUCGGAGGAUUACUGGAUUUCAUGGAUCCGGGUGCCCAAACAAUUGCCUGGGAAAUAACCCUGAUGUAAACCGUUCAGGUUUGGCUUCUGCCAGCCACGGUACCUCUCAAAUGCUAUACUCAACAGAUCUCAAAAGCAACACUUUUGGGCCUCAGCUGCCACCAAACUACGAGCAAGAGGGGGAGAAGCUUAUCUUGAGCGAUGAUGAUAUUGUUGAUGAUUUGUGA